AUACACGUUGGGAAUGUCUUAACGCAUGCUCUCUCUGGGCAGGAAGAAACAGAACCACAGCUGGAAGAAAACGGCUUUUGUUGGAUGCUUUGGCCUCAGUCCAAGAACUGCUUUCUUGCAGCUGACUUGAGUGAUGCAGACAAGGAUGGAAGACGGGAUGGAAAGCUUUGGAUUAGAAGCUGACUGUGGCAAAGCGAGGGCCUGGGCUAGCGGUGCUUACUUGUCUUCCAAAUUGGUUACAGCUACAUUGCUGGCUCUCCUUUCCCCUUCCUUCCUGAAGUAGAUUUCGAAAAGUCACAUCUCUGCAUUGCAUCAGUGCAUUGGACACUUCCCUUGGCAAUAAUAACAGCUGUAGCACAGUGACUCAUAGAGCAGAGAUGGGUGGAAAAAGCCCGGGGUGGAGGGGGCAGAGGAAGGAAGAGAUGGGAUGCCACACACAGGGAUCAGUAAGACACUGACCAAUGCUCCUGUGUCACCGCUGGUGGCGCCGGAUCCAGAGACCUGGAAGAGAUCCCACACUCAAGUUCACACCUCUCGGUGUCCUGCCUUGACCCUUAGCAUUAAUGCUUGUUUGCUGUGUCUGACAGCCUCUAGUACUUGGUCCUGGUUUUGGAGACUGCUGUGCUUUGGUGACCGAGGGGGGGGAAACCCAGAGUGAACGGAGGUGGUUUCGCACAUGCCCAUGCGUGCCUGAGAACGAAGAGCUGCCAUGGGGAGCGGGAUGAGUAAGGUCGUGGGAGGCCUGUAUCUUGGAAACAUCCGAGAUUCUGAAGACAGAGAGAACUUGGUGAAGAAUGGGGUCACGCACAUCUUGUCGGUGCAUAACAAUGCCAAACCUGUGUUAGAAGACAUGACUUACCUCUGUAUAUCAGCCUCAGACUCCUCCAAUCAAAACUUGAUACAACACUUUAAGGAGUGCAUCAGGUUUAUUCACGAAUGCCGGCUGCAUGGUGGAGGAUGCCUCAUUCACUGCUUAGCUGGAGUUUCCCGCAGCACUACUAUUCUGGUGGCUUACCUCAUGACCGUGACCAAUUUUGGAUGGGAAGAGUGCCUGACGGCCACCAAAGCGGUCCGUUCUUACGUGAGUCCCAACUUCGGCUUCCAGGAGCAACUGCAGGAGUACGAAUCGACUUUGCUCCAGGAGUACCGUGCCUGGAUCCAGCAGGAAUAUGGCAAGAACCCAUUCGGCGACCAAGAGGAGGUGCAGCGUUUAUUGACCCUGCAAGAAGAGAAGACAAAAGAACAACAAACUGGAUUGAGAGACACAAACUGGAUCAAUCGUCCGGGACCAAUGGACCCGCAGCCUCACAUGCCCUACGCUAGCAGCAGUCGGUGGAUGAACAGAUAACAAAAGCUCCGUUUGCAACCUUUCCAAGAUGCCACCCCAAAGUGCUGGAUUAUAAUACUAAUUCUUCUCUCCGGCAGCUGGGGAUAAUGGGAUGUGUAGUCUGGCACAUUUGCAGGGGGGGCAUCUGGUUAGGGAAAGCUGCCUUAAAGAGAAAGAUACUCUACCUGUUUUCCCCUUUGGAAGAAGGAUUUGUGUUACAUUGCCCUACAACAGAGAGCCAAUAGAUUAGGGCCAUUUUAAAGAUGCUGUUACCAUCAGCAUUGACAGGUGGUUUGAGCCAAGUCCACUCAUGUUUUAUUUCGGAAUGACAUUUCAUACGACGUUGAGGUGGUCAUUUGUAGAGAGCAUAACCCCCUUAAGUGCUUGUUGUGGUGUCUCCAAAGUCUAAGGAGAAACGGCAAAGAUGCUGUUUCGGAUGGAGAUGAAAUAGGAAGACUUUGGUCUUCUGGAUGAUUUAGACCUCAGCACCCAGAAUGUUUCACUUACUGGUCACAGUGGCUGGAGCUUCUGGGAAAUGAAGUCCAAAACAUGUGGAAAGCCAUAGCCAAACAUCAUUCCUCCAAACCCUUAUUUGAGUUUCCGAAGGAGACCUUUGAAAUGUAAUGAUCUAAGAAGUCAAGAAGCAGAGGACAGCUGAUAAUAAUACUUGUGGCAUGGUAUUCACAAAUGACAUGGGAUGCUUUUCUUCUCUAGCUUAAGAGACUUUGCGACUGAUGAAUUUACCAAAAGGACCUAUAAUCCAGGAGAGGGAAAUUUCUAGCAUUAUUCCUUGGAAAUAUGUCUGCUCUGACCAAUCUAGCGGAGACGCGUUCUUUAGCUCCAGCAAACAUUGGUGUGCAUUGCCAGGCGCAAAAACAGUUUCUUAUGCAGAGUUAUUUGUAAGAAAAGCAUCAGAUUGGUGUGUAUCAAUCUUUUGCAUGGGAAUGGAAAAGCAAAGAGCAGUGCUGAAAGUAGUACUUGUGGAAGUGAUUUAAAGAGAUCUUCAGAUGUGUGAUGCAAAUAUAAAACUCACAUUGGUAACACACAACAAACAUUGCCCCAAAGUGUGGUUUCUGAAGGCAUAUAAAGCAACAACCUUGCUGAAGUUACGUGCCAUUUGGGACACUUCAAAUGAACCGUCUUGGGUUCCACUGUGGAAGAAAAAUGGAAAAUCAGUGGAAUAAACUCAUUUCUUUAAAAAUUA